AUAAAAGAUACCACCCUCAGAAAUCCUUGCCUCUCAACUGAGCCUGUUGCCUGUUUUUAGCCUGGCAGUCCUGUACUUAAAUCUCUGGUUAAGACCUCGCUUAUCUGCAUGCUGCGUUUUUGUUGCAUGUUGGUAGUCUGGGUUCCCUGCUCUUGGGGUUAACUCAAGCUGGGACUUCAGUUGCAUGUGCUUUAGCAUGAAGUAGAAGCCUUGCUAAAAUGAGGUUAGGAGCAUGAGAUCUGGUAGUGUUUAGGAAAGUGGUUCUCUGCCUUCUGAGUCUUGAGCCCCCCCAUGGUAAACACCAGCUUUUCCCCUUUUUGUUCUUGUUUUUUACUACAGAAAAAUACUAGAGGUGCAGAGAACUGAAAAGGGCCAGAACAGUCCUUCAGAUUGUUAAGGAAUCCCAGCAACAGCAUGGUUUGCGGCAUGGAGACUUCCAGAGAUACAGGGGUUAUUGUUCCCGCAGGCUGAGACGGCUCCGCAAAACUCUUAACUUCAAGAUGGGAAAUAGACACAAGUUCACAGGGAAGAAAGUAACUGAGGAAAUUCUCUCAGACAACAGGUACUUGUUGUUGAUCCUGAUGGAUGCAGAGAGAGCCUGGAGCUAUGCCAUGCAGCUUAAGCAGGAAGCAAACACAGAACCCCGUAAGCGAUUUCACUUGCUCUCUCGUCUGCGCAAAGCUGUGAAGCAUGCUGAGGAGCUGGAGCGCCUGUGCGAAAGUCAUCGGGUGGAUGCCAAGACAAAGCUGGAAGCUCAGGCAUACAUGGCUUACCUCACAGGGAUGCUGCGUUUUGAGCACCAGGAGUGGAAGGCAGCAAUGGAAGCUUUUAACAAAUGCAAAACCAUAUAUGAAAAACUGGCUAAUGCUUUCACAGAAGAGCAGGCUGUGCUAUAUAACCAACGUGUGGAGGAGAUCUCGCCCAACAUUCGCUAUUGUGCCUACAAUAUUGGUGAUCAGUCUGCUAUCAAUGAGUUAAUGCAGAUGAGACUGAGAUCUGGUGGCACUGAGGGCCUUCUUGCUGAAAAACUGGAGGCACUGAUCACCCAGACUCGUGCAAAGCAGGCAGCCACCAUGAGUGAGGUGCAGUGGAGGGGGAGAACUGUCCCGGUGAAGAUAGACAAAGUGAGGAUCUUCUUAUUGGGGUUGGCAGAUAAUGAAGAAGCCAUUGCUCAGGCAGAAAAAGAAGAAACAAAAGAACGUCUGUUUGAGUCUUUACUCAGUGAGUGUAGAGAUGCUAUACAAGCUGUUCGUGAAGAGCUGAAACCAGACCAGAAACAACGGGAACAUUCUCUGGAAGUGGAUUCUGGGAAGGUGUCUAAUAUUCAGUAUCUACACAGUUACUUGACAAACAUCAAGCUGUCAACAGCCAUCAAGCGCAAUGAGAGCAUGGCAAAAGCUUUGCAGAAGGCACUACUACAGCAGCAACGGACAGAAGAUGAUGGCAAGCACACAGCACGACCUCAGGACCUGAUUCGCCUUUAUGAUAUAAUCCUGCAGAAUCUGGUGGAACUGACACAGCUCCCUGGCUUGGAAGAGGACAAGAAUUUCCAGCAGGAGAUAGGACUGAAGACGCUGGUGUACAAGGCUUACAGGUGUUUUUUCAUUGCACAAUCCUAUGUCCUGGUGAAGAAGUGGAGUGAAGCCCUUGUCUUAUAUGACAGAGUGCUGAAAUACGCCAAUGAAGUGCAGUCCCAGGCUGGAGCUUAUAAGAACAGCUUAAAGGAGCUGCCUGAUGUCCAGGAGUUGAUCACACAAGUGAAUGCAGAGAAAUACUCUUUGCAGGCAGCAGCCAUAUUAGAUACAAGUGACACUUGUGAGGCAGAAUCUCCAUCUCAAGUCAAGGAUGGCAAGCCUCUCUCUGAACGGUUUGAGACCUUCUGCCUGGACCCUUCUCUUGUCAGCAAGCAAGCCAGUCUGGUGCAUUUCCCUCCUGGGUUCCUGCCAAUACCAUGCAAGCCCUUGUUCUUUGACCUGGCCCUCAAUUAUGUUGCCUUCCCACCUCUGGAGGACAAGGUGGAGCAGAAGGCAAAGAGCGGUCUUACAGGAUAUAUCAAGGGCAUCUUUGGAUUCAGAAGUUAACCAGGGCCUCUCUAGUGAACACAGGUUUAAUUCUGUAUUGUGGAAAAGCUCCAGCAGGUUCCAGAACAUGGAUAUCUGCAUCUGAAACCAAGGGGAAGUUCUUGUCAUCGUCUUCCCUAUGUUCUGUGUAUGAGUCUGUGCACUUGCAUUCUUUACCAGUCUAUUAGAGGAAAGCAGUCUCCCCCAGGGAUGUGUACUAUGUAAAUCUGACAUCUGGAGCUCAAGGAAAUUUUAUUUGGUCCUCUGAAAAGUUGGAGCUUGUUUUUUGACCAGUGGCCCGUUCAGUCAGUACACACUUGUAAUGGACCAGGCAUAGACAUAACUUGAUUUUCAUUGACGGCCAACACAACUCAAUACUGUAAUUCAGAAUGAAAAAUAAAAACCCCCCUCGCAGGGGUGGGGAGGACACAAGAAAAAGGUAGCUGAGGAGCAAACACUAGCUGAGGGGCUGCUUUACAGCUAGCUGUACUCCCCGAUUUAAAAAAUAUAUAUAGUUUGUGUAAAGAGAAGUCUGUCUUUAUUUUUUAAAAAGGAAAAGUUUCAUUCAGAAGUGACAAAGCUGAAUUUCUUGUGUUAAGAGUGGCAAAUGCACUCUCAAAUUUUAAUGGUUACUCUACCGUGGAGUCUUGCCUGAAUUUUUAUUUUGCUGGGGUCAGUAUGGUCCGUCCUCAUUGUUACACUCUUUUACAAGCCUACAUACACUAGAAUCCAUUCCUGCAAGGCUGCUCCUGUGAACCAACUGAUUUUCAUGGUUGGAUUGAAAAGGAGCUACCCACGCUUUCAUUAAACUGCAAGCCUCUCGGUUGUUAGUUUCCUUCCCUGAUUUCCCUGAAAAAAAGAUGAUCUUUAUUUCGAGUACACCCCCACCUGCUUAUUCCUCAUCUUCAAUUUCCUGCUUUGGGCAUCCUGUAAUUUGGAAAACUGUUACUAAAGAUGAGGAAUAAGUAACAGGUGUACAGGGGAUUCUUAAGCAAUAAAGAUCAUAUCCCUUGUACUAGGCAGCGUUUUUUUUUCUUCUUUGUUUUUUUGUAAAAGCAUCUAGAUGCUAUGGUGAUAAAUGUUUUCAAAAUGCGGGUAAUUUCAUAAUUAUGUUUUCAUUUUUAAAAAGCUCAUGGACAGAACUGUUCCUAAAUAAAAAUGUAUUUGGAAGUUUUUCCAUGAUCCAUGUUGGGGUCUUUUACUGAGUUUGCUGUAGCUAGAAGCUGAGAUGCAGCAGUUCAAUCAGAUGGCCUUAAACUCUACCUUAUAGGUGGUCUUGGCUGUCAGCUUGACCCUGUUUCACCAUUAUCCUUGGUAUACACUAAAAUGGUGAAAACAGAUGAAACUCUGGCUUGAACUGAUCUGCAUUGCCCAACUUUUGAGGUAUUCCCUAAAACAGCAGUCAGCAGCAUUUUUAUUUUUUUUUUUGAGUGGCAGGCCAAAACAAUCCAACUGGGGUCUAAGGUGAGCUGGGAUUUCAGACCUGGCUGCUGGUGCUGCUUCCUCCUGCUGUCUGACUAUAGCAUGUGCAAAGCCCCCUGUCACCAGAGCUGGGGGGUCAUAAGUUUGCCAACUCCUGCCCUAAAAGGUGUUUUUAUGAUCAGGUUAGAGAGCAAGAAGGAAGGUAAUAGCUUCUAGAUUUCUAAGCUUAUUGUAUGCUUGGUGUUUGUUACAAAUGGAUCUAAUUUGUUAAUUCUGAAAGGUACCAAGAACAGGACUGUGCUCAGAGACUGUUUUAAUGGGGGAUAGAGGAGGGAGAAGGGAACUUCUUGUCCUCUUUUUAUUUUUACAGUGUGCAAAUCAAAUGGGUUUUCUGGUAUUCUGAAUCCUCAGUGCAGCCUCCAACUGGGGAGGGAAUUCUCUACAGAAAAUGAACUUUAAUGAUGAAGAAAAAUUAAUGUUGAAGACCUAUUUAUCAAGUAAUUUUAAACAAAUGGGGUCCUGGAACACAAUGAUUUGUCAGUUCUCCACAAAGCCUGUUUGUUUGAUUUAGAAACUACACAAAAGUCAGGCAAUUAAUGCUGACAGGGCCUUUUCGUAGCUGAUCUGCCUCAUGCUGGCUUUUUUUUUUUUUUUUACUGUACUUUGCUCUGAACUUCUGUCUCCUUCUUUUUCAGAUUUUAUAAUAAACCACUUUGAGAAUUGUUUUCCUGUUUUUGGGAUGCAAAUUAGAUUCUGGGAAGGGUCUUGUUCCCCUUGUCCUGCUCCAAACCUGUGGGAACUUGGACUCAUUCUGAUGAAUCUUAUAUUGCAGCCUUUCUCUAAUUGGUUGCUGUUACAAAUGGUUAAAAGCAGUUAGCCUCUAUGUUAAACCUCUUGUGACACAUAACUGAUUAGCUGGACACAGAUAAGAAAUCCUUCAACAAUAAAGUCUUAUUCCUGA